ACAACUAAGUCACCGUUGUAUAUUUCAAAUGUCUAACUAAUUAUUCAAAAUUUUCCGUGCUAUUUCUCGAAAAUAUUUCGCCCAAUUCCGAACAAUUCGCAAUGUAAGUCCGGACGACUUCAAAUUUCGCGCAACUGAAAUGGAGAUUCCUGCACUAACCACCACGUUCGACCUGAACUGUCAGUCUGACAGCACACGUCGUCUCUAUUCUAGGUUAGAAACCAUGGCAAGAAAUUUCGUAAAAGAAAUAAAAGAGUUAAAUAAAACGUACGUCCAUAUUAAAGACCCGGAAAAGCUGAACGCUAAACUAAACGGUAUAAUUACUGACGGCUUCCAACAGCUGCAAGUGGUGUCAGACUUUGACCAAACACUCACCAAACAGCACGAGAAUGGCAAGCGACACCGGAGCAGUUUUCGCAUUUUUGAGUGCUGUCCUUCCGUCACCGAGCAAUAUUUGGAAGAGACAAAUGCGUUAACUGAGAAGUACUUCCCAAUGGAGUACGACCCCAAUAUUUCGGAAGAGGAGAAACGCAAAUUGAUGGAAGAGUGGUGGCGACAGUCGGAAAAAAUCCUAUGUGGUUUAGCAGUCAGUUGUAAGGAAAUCGACGAAGCCGUGGCCAAAGUGGGCAGUUCAUUACGCGAUGGCACUAAGGACCUGUUCCAGGCCCUCAAAAAUCAGGACGUGCCUAUUUUGGUUUUCUCAGCCGGUCUCGGAAACAUCGUGGUUUCCGUCUUGAAGAACCAAAAUGUGUACUUACCAAACGUUAAAGUGAUUUCAAAUUUUUUGAAAUACAACGAAAGCGGAACGAUUGAAGGCUUCACAGGCCCGCUGAUACAUGUUUUAAACAAGAACGAAUUCGCGAUUAAAAAUACUGAAUAUUACGAUUUAGUCAAAAAUCGCAACAAUGUUAUUUUGUUAGGGGACUCCCUUGGUGACGCUAAAAUGGCAGAUGGCAUGGCUCAUGCUAACCACGUACUCAAAAUAGGCUUCAUCUAUGAGAAGGUUGAGGGCAAUUUGCCCGCAUAUAUGGACACUUUCGAUAUCGUGUUGGAAGACGACCAGACCAUGGAUGUCAUAAGAGCCAUAAUUAAUUUAAUCAAAUGAUUGGUGCUUACAUAUCACUGUUUACUUAACUGAAAUAUUUUAAUAUUCGGGUCAGAUCAUCUCUGAUCUAUUUUUAGUCAAAUUAGUUCCCAAGAAACUUAUUUAUGCUUAAGUCAUUGUUUUUCUGAAAAACAAUGGAGAAUAGGAGUGCUCUCAAUUUGUAUAUUUUUUCACAAAUUUAAUUUGCUCACUAAUUGUUUACUUAAUUAUACAAUCCUGAUUUGUAAGGUCAAGAAAUUUGCUAUUAUCAAUCUCGUGAUGAUGUGUCACUUUUUAUGUUUUAUUGAACAAAUAAACAGGAAAAUGACA